AUGGCACCUACACCUCCAGUCGCCCACUUCAUUUUUGCUUCAUCUCCCUUCUGGGGCCACUCGAGGCCCCAGCUGUAUCUCGCAUUUAGCCUUUUGGAAAUGUUCCCAUCUCUGCAUAUCACAUUCCUUGUUGCCCCUGUCUUCGCUCCGAACAUCCCUAAAGAGACAGCUUUUUUCGGUCCCUCAGAAGACGUCCGAUCUCGGAUACGCGUGGAGCCCCUUGGCCAAUCGGGAUUGAAGCAAUCCGAUUGGGAGCCCCAGUAUCUUACAUUUCUUGAAGAUCUGAAGCCAUGGCUUUUAUCUCUCCCCCCUGAAUCAUCCCAACACGACUCGGGGGAUGGAUUCUCCAAACGGCCGACGCUUGCUGUAGUCGAUAUACUUCUCGCCGGAUGGACGGAUGCGAUGAGACAAUUAGCAGAUGACCCCUCGCAUAACUUCUCCCCCAUUCGGAGUCUUGCAUAUGGCUGCGGGCCCGCUGCCUGGACUUUAUGGCGUAUGACUAGAGCGCCCAGUGUAAAACGCUUCAAGGCACUCAAAGAGGACCCAAACAAUGUAUCAGUGCCUGUUGAGGACCUCCUACGUCAGGCAUUCAUGUAUACGGAUGGCUCGGUCAUGGAGAUUGAGGGGGUAGGAAAAACUUACGAUUAUGAAUUGGUCCCCCAGGCUGAGGCUGUUCCGUUCGAUGGACAUUGGCUCAACUUUGUUUUCGAGGGUGGCGCUAAGAUCCGCAAUUUCUCUGGACUCGUACUGUCAACGCCACCGGACAUCGAGCCUGGACUCCAGCGUCGAAUUGCCGAGGAACUGAACGGUAUUUGUCUGCAUGUAGGGCCGCAGUUCCCUCCCUCGUUCUGGGCUAGGGAGGCGACAGCGAUUGUGCACCAUGAAUCCAUUGAGUUCCUUGAUGAUUGUGAGAAACGUUUUGGGGCGAAUUCGGUGGUGUAUAUCAGUUUCGGUUCUUUAUAUUCCCCAUCACAGCGACCUGACCUUCUAGAAACAUUGAUAGAAUCGCUUCUAUCCACUGAGCCUCCACUUCCAUUCCUGUUAGCGACUGCCACUAUCGGUGAUGUUAUCUCGGACAGAGUGCGAAAGCUCGUGUCGGAGAGUGGAGGGAAAGGGUUAAUUACUGGAUUUGCACCGCAACUGCAUGUUCUGCAACAUCCCGCUACAGGAUGGUUCUUGACACAUGGGGGUGCGGGUUCGAUCACCGAGUCGAUCAUUAACAGGGUUCCUAUGGUCCUAUGGCCGUGCAUGACCGAUCAGCCCAUUGCUUCUAUGAAUCUGACGCUCAACUGGAAGCUUGCCUUUGAACUUAUUCAAGUCCGUACGGGCCCGGGGGCUGGGAAGCCCACCUAUCGAGGGAUCCAGCAUGAGAACUCUAUUGAAGCUGUCAAGCGUGAGAUGGCCGAGACGUGGAAACUCAUGCGAGGACCAGAAGGACGAGGGGUGCGCGAGCGUGUCAACCAGAUGGGAGAGAAUUUCGAACAGAGUUGGAAGAAUGGACUGGCACGAGAGAACAUGCGCCAGUUUGAGCAAUUCUUCUAA